AUGGCUUGGAACACGUUAACAUCAGACGCCGAGUCAUCACUCCACAUAAGGAUACCUUCAUGGUCGAAUGCCCAAGAUCUGUCCUCCACGCCGCAACCGUCCAAGCACAUCUCAUUCAUAAGGGAGCGCACUCAACAGAGAACCACACCACGAUCAAAAGCUUCCAAACCAUCAAUCCAUGGAACACCAGUUCCCAAAGCACCAGUAAUCAAACCAUCAGUACCCAAGACACAAGUACCCAAAACACAAGUUGCCGAAACACAAGUCCCCAGACCACAAGUCCCCAAACCAAAAGCUGCCGACCCAAAAGCUCCCCAACCGAAGCCCAUCACGCCAAAAGCGCAGACUCCCAAAACACUCCCACCUCCAAAUUGGACCAUCAUCCCAGACAGCAAACAGCCCGCAGCACUUACCGCACUCAUCCUACACUGCCACGCCCGACCAGUUCUCACAGCCAACGACUAUAAAUUCGGAACAACACUACCUAUCCCUUGCAAGACAACUCCAAAGCGCGCAGCCAUAUGCAUCGACUGCGAGAUGGUUGGCAUAAACCCGAACAACACAUCCUCGUUAGCCCGCAUCUCAGUAAUUGACUAUCUCACUAAUGAGAUACUCAUCGAUACGCUCGUUCAGCCGACCGAGUCUGUCACGGAUUGGCGGACGAGGUACAGUGGGAUCACAAGACAGGCUAUGGCGACUGCUGUGUCGCAGGGGAAAGUCCUGAGAGGAUCAUCUGAAGCACGCGCAGAGCUGUUCAAGUACGUCGAUAGUGACACUAUCUUUGUCGGACACGCCCUACAGCACGAUUUGUUAGCCCUUGGUAUCCGACACGACCGCAUCGUCGAUUCAGCAAUCCUAGCAGCCGAAGCCGUAGGAAAGGGUGUAAAGAGACGGUGGGGACUCAAGGACCUAGCCAGCCAACUCCUCGACAUCAAGAUCCAGGGUGGCGACAAAGUGGGACAUGAUUCCGUGGAAGAUGCGUUCGCGGCUAGGGAGUUGGUGUUGUGGUGUACUGAGCAGCCGAAUAAGUUAAGAACGUGGGGGCAGAGGAAGAGGAAGGAGUACUACGGCGGCAAAAGCAAGAAGACUAGUGUCAAGAAGGGGGUUAGUUCGAGGGGGUUCCGCCUGUCGGCUUCGAGACCGGGGUGGUGUGGGUGCCUUGAGGAUGAUGAAGACGUGUUGACGUGGUCGGAUGUAGCGGGGGAUUGUGGGGAUAGGAAUUAUGAUCCCUGGUCGGACUAG